AUGGUUGGGAAAGGCGUCUGCUGGAACGCCGCGAUUUGCCUGUGUUGCCUCGUUCUAGUGUCCAUAUGCAAUAGCGUCAAACUGAGCAGGUACCAACACGGUAGGCCCUUGCAGAGAAGUUGUCUCAUGGACGUGUCAGCCAGCGGGAUGUUGCCACGCAAGCUACGCAAGGGGGAGAACGAGCCAAUUAAGGCGUAUACCAGCGCAGAUAAGUGUAGCCCCACGGAUAAACACAAUUUUGCCAAUCAGAACAACCCCCCUGGCCGAUGGAACAUCCUAAUCAGCUGCUACGACCAGUGGGACGCCUUCCGCAACAGCUUCCUCCUGACGGUGAACGAAAAUCAGUGUGUGCGAGACAUUAAGCAGCAGAUUGAAUGGACCCACGGAAUCCCCGCAUCCUUGCAGCAAAUUUUGUACCAAGGAAAAUCGCUAGCUGAUAACGUGGUGAUAAAAAAAUUAACAAAAGGCAUAAAAAUUCACCUUUUAAAUUUAACCCUCGUAACGAUGCUGCCGCAUAUUUUUCCCUCACAAUAUAAAAAGCUGCUAGACCAAUUGGAGGAAAAAAACUAUGUGGUUUGUGAGGAGGACAUUGCUAACUCGUUCAGCGCAUUUGAUAAAGGAUUCCCCAAAAUGGUACAUGCUAAGGGGGUAAACUUGGAUAAAGUAAAGAAAGAAAUAGAGGAAUUGCGACACGUGGAUAGGAAAAAGCUGCUCCUCCGUUUGGGGGUGGACUUUCCACUAAUGAGUGAUCAGCUAGUCGAUAGAUUCAAGGAGCUUCUCAACUUCUACUACCUAGGCGACAUAAAGUCCGUUGUUAAAUUUUCCCUGUUUUUUUUUAUCCUGUACAAGUAUGCCAACUACCCCCCUUAUGUGAAGCGUCUCUUCCUUUAUCUGUCCAUUUGUUUCCUGUUGUCUCCGUGGAAGGCGGUGUAUAUGCUCUUCCACUUUUCCUUUUUUUUCGUUCCCCGGGGGAUGCUCUUUCCGGGUCUCACAAACAUCCUGUCCGCCUCCUACCAGCAGAUCCUCAUGUGCCAGUAGACCAGCAAG